AUGCAAAGAGCAGUUUCAUGGCUCCCAUCGUGGGAUAGGACUAAAACCACUAGUAAGAAAGGUUUCGACAAGACUUGGGCAUGGGCAGAUAAAUUAGGUGCUCCCGUCAAUCGAUUGACAAACAAAAUUGGCUCGGAAGCUUUUUGGCCGACAUCUUUAGACAAGGAAUGCGAUAAAGCUGCUCGUAUUCUAAAAACAUUCUGCAAGGAUGGAUUCUAUACCGAAGAAGAUCGACCAUCUACCCAAGAUGGUCCGAAUGCGAAGUCCAAGCAGAGGGUUGUGAAGAAGAUACCGCAAAAGGUUAUUGAAAAUGCGGUAGGGUUGGCUAUAUUCACAACUAUGCGAACUGGCUUAUGGAUAUCGGGAGCCGGAGGGUCUGGAAUUUUGAUCGCAAGGAAAGAGGAUGGUACAUGGUCACCCCCUUCUGGAAUAUUAUUACAUACUGCAGGUCUCGGAUUUUUGGUCGGUGUUGACAUCUAUGAUUGUGUCGUCGUUAUCAAUAAUCGCAAAACUCUCGAAUCUUUCACGAAAAUAAGAGCGACUUUGGGAGGAGAAAUUAGUGCCGUGGCGGGUCCUCUUGGAAUAGGAGGAGUAUUAGAGAACGAUGGAAACUGGAAACAAGCUAAUAAGCCUGUAUUCACUUACUUGAAGUCCCGUGGCUUUUACGCAGGUGUGCAAGUGGAUGGAACAGUCAUUAUUGAAAGAACCGACGAAAAUGAGCGAUUUUAUGGACAAAGAAUUGGAGUUGCAGAUAUCUUGGCUGGAAAAGUUCGACAUACACCAUCCGAAACGAAAUUACUCAUGGAAACCGUCAAGGCUGCAGAAGGUAGAGAUGAUGUAGAUGCAACGAUGUUGGAACAACUAAAAGAUGAGCCUGCACCUGGCGAUGUGGAUUUGCAAGCACCUACCUCGAUGAUACCAAUAUUUGGUAUACCUGAACCUGAUGAUCCGGAUCCUUUCGGAGUAUUGGCAUUAGAAAAUGCCGGACUUGAGAUUCGCGAGGCAGGAACAAAGGCUCGACCAGUCAGCUCACAGUUUGAAUACAAUCCAGCUCCAUCGAGUCCGAUCUACACUAGAUAUAACAGACGUAGUUUUGAUACUCAGGGCGGGAGGAGUAAUAGAGAAAGUUACAUGUCAUGGAAAACAAGAGCAAGUACAGAUCGAGGAACACAGACUACUGAAAUGGGCACACAAACGGAUGAUUCGUUAUCCAUCAGAUCACCACCCCGCACAAUUUCGCCGAGUACGAGUCCAAGUUACAGCGAAGACGACAACAAGAUCAUAGAAGAAGAUGAAAAGGCGGUUGUACUAGAACCGGAAGAAGUUGACUACACAAAGGUCGAUCUAGGGCCAUAUCAAAGCUUAAACCACAGUCAAGAUUUUGACGGCACAACAAUUAACGGCAGUCCUCCUAACACCGAUGAGAGACGACAAAACUCGUUCAAUUCGAUGGAUGACCUCUCGGAUGAUGAAGAUUUUGAAGAAGAGGAAGCAGUAGUUUUCGAAGCUGGUUCCGCACAAGCUACAGUCAUCAUGCCACAAGCGAUAAAAGCGAGAGGUGGCGUUGUAAAUAUUCCAAAGAGAGGCCCACCACCACCACUACCCCCGAGAAAUUCAUUGAGAAACAGCAAACUUUCCAUUGCUUCCCCAAGCAGUGACAGAAGUCCAUCAAGAGAAGGUUUUGAAGCAGUCGAUGUACAUGGUGUUGAGAGUAGCAAUAUCAAGAGAACCAGCUUGGAACAAGCUAGCAUCACACCACUUCCUUUCAGCCCAAAUAGGAAGAGCUUCGAACAAUUUGAAGCAAGUAUGGUGCCACUUCCUUUCAGCCCCAACAGAAAGAGUUUCGAGCAAACUCCUAUCGUUAUGGAAGAUGUGGAAACAGAGGAGCCAGAAUCUCAUGAGCCGGUUGUCGAGGAGCAACACGAAAAGAUCGAAUCCCCCAAAGAAGAUUCUAGCUUCAACGAAAAGAUCGAAAUACUCGACGAAGAACAUUCGAUACAGAGACCUGCUCUUACUAAAGAAAAUACCGAGUCUUUCCAGUCGAUUGCUGUGAACAUUCCCGGUGGUUGGAAUUAG